AAUGAGAUUUUUCUAGGACGAAUCUUUUGUGAGAUCCCCAAGUUUCAUUUUCAGUGGAGAUAACUUUUAGCCAGAUUUUAUUCACCUUGUGGCCGAACUCUAGAUUAUCGGCCCUUCUCCUAAGAACUAAAGAGUUAAAAUCAAAAAACUAAUUUUAUUUAUUUGCGGACAAACUUUAGAUUUUUAGAUCAUCAUGAACUUUGGAUUAUCGGUGUACCGAAAAGAAUAGUAGAUUUAACACAAAAUUUUAAAAAAUAAAAUAAAAAAUGAUUAAUUAAAAAAAUAAAAGAGAGUGCGACGAAGAAAACCAGAAAGGGAAGAGAAGAGAAAGAGAAGAAAGCAUUCAAUUUCAAAACGAACUCGUUUGAAGAAUAUUUACGGAGAAGGCUUUUGUUCCCACCGGAACCCUAACCGAUCUCCGUCAACCACCGCCAUCUAUGGCGUUCUUCUCCGCCACAGUUACACAAUCGCUUCAGCAACUCUGAACUUCCCUUCCUCUAUCUUCCGGUCACCGGAAAUGGCUAACGAACCACCUUCCGAGAACCUUACGCCGGUAUCGGAAACGGUUAGAGUUGGUUAUCGGAUAAUAAUAAUAACUAAUUAAGUAUUCUUUUGAGGCGAUCGUAACUAACCGUCCGUCAGUCCCGGAGAGGUUGUUAGGGCGGUUAUGGCGAAGGGAGGACAAUGCUUGUUCGAGAAGAUUCGGAGGUGUAUUCGGACGGUUUUCUUUGUUAUUGCAUUGGUUGUUUCGCUUAUUGUUACGUCGCUUCCGGUGGUUGUUGCGGUGGUGGAUAUUCUUGUUCCGUUUGUUUUGAUCUCAAAUUUUACUUGUGUUAAAUGCUAUAGUUUUAAAGAGCAUUUUUACCGUUACUCUUUCAAGAGUUCUUUGAUGGAUAUUCCUCUUGUUUCGCUCUUAAGAUCCUUCAUCAUUAUCUGUGUUUAUUCGAUUUGUGAUGGCCCUGCUCUUUCACACGGUCCUUACCUUGGAACUGUGACUCUGUGUUCCUUUUCCUCAAUUGUUCUACUUUCAGUCAAAACUUGUGUUUUCACUGUAAAUUCACAGAUUGAAGCUGAAGCUUCAGUAGCUUCUGUAAAAAGGCAGAGACUCCAUUUGAAGAAAUCUUGGGGAAUGCCUGUGUUGUUUCUUUCGUCGGUUGUGUUUGCUCUUGGUCAUACUGUUGUUGCUUAUAGAACCAGCUGCAGAGCACGAAGAAAGUUAUUGUUUCAUCGCGUUGACCCUGAAUCUGUCCUAUCAUGCAAAAGUGUUUUCUCUGGCUAUCCGAAGGUCCCUCGUUCUCCUACUCCUUCUGGGGGAAGAACCCCAAAAAGUGACAGUGAAAUGAGGCGGAGACCUUUUGGGACAUCUCGUGAUGAAGAAUUGCAGGCAAGAUUACUUGCAGAUUCAGACAGCUUUUUCAUUACAUGCCAAGGACUUUCUCUUCAUUACAAGCUCAGCUUACCUGGUUCACCACCUCCACAUACUUUGUCAUCAACAUCUUGUGUUGAAUCAAAUUCUAGUUACAGCAUUUCAUCAGUGACUGGAGGGUUGGAGAAGUUGGAUGGUCAUCGGUUAGAUAUAUCUCCGAAGAUAGAGUCGCAUCUAUACCGGAGCUAUAGCAAUCAUAUCAGUGGAUCAUCUCUAUAUGCCCCUCUACUAGAUAGUAAUGCAACUUCUGUUUUUUCUGAAGAUAUCCCUAUUUUUCAUCUAGAUGGUAUUUCCGAAGAAAAUGGAACUAGCAAAUUGGAUUCUUUACCCUUGGAGAAAAGUAUUGGCCAAUUAGGUGUUGUAUUCAUACAUGGGUUUGGCGGAGGAGUUUUCUCCUGGAGGCAUGUGAUGGGGUCUCUAGCUCGGGAGAUUAAUUGCGCAGUUGCUGCCUUUGAUCGGCCUGGUUGGGGACUAAGUUCAAGGCCGCGUCGGGAGGACUGGGAAGCAAAGGAAUUGCCUAAUCCUUAUAAGCUUGAUAGUCAGAUUGACCUGCUUUUAUCAUUCUGUUCUGAGAUUGGAUUUUCGUCAGUGGUGUUAAUCGGUCAUGAUGAUGGAGGAUUGCUUGCUCUUAUGGCUGCACAAAGAGUUCAAACAUCAAUGAGUUUUCAUAAUGUUACUAUAAAAGGGGUUGUAUUGCUAAAUGUUAGCUUAUCAAGGGAAGUUGUUCCUUCCUUUGCAAGAAUCCUCCUGCAUACCUCACUUGGAAAGAAGCAUAUGGUUCGACCUCUACUAAGGAUGGAAAUCACUCAAGUGGUGAAUCGGCGUGCUUGGUAUGACGCUACCAAAUUGACUACAGAUGUUUUGGAUCUCUAUAAGGCUCCACUAUCUGUUCAAGGAUGGGAUGAAGCUGUUCACGAGAUUGGUAAAUUGUCAUCUGAAACCAUACUUUCAGCAAAAAAUGCAGAAUCGUUGCUACAAGCUGUAGAAGACAUCCCUGUGUUAGUUAUUGCAGGUGCUGAAGAUUCCCUUGUCUCCUUAAAAUCUUGUCAAGCUAUGGCCUCAAAACUUGAAAAUUCUAGACUGGUUGCAAUAUCUGGAUGUGGCCAUUUACCCCAUGAAGAGUGUCCAAAGGCAUUGCUUGCAGCUAUAUCACCCUUCAUUAGUAGACUCCUGUCCGCAUCUGACUCACAAAGCUAAUAAGUUUCCUUCUUUUAAUGAUUUUGCGUAGGGUAUCCUUUUUUUUUUUUUUUUUUUUAAACUUCAAGAGAAAGAGAUUAAAUUGUCAUCUUUUCUCUGGGAGUGUUUUUGAUGCGUUAGUUUUAGGGGUUUUGAUCUGUGUAUUUUCUCCAUCUUUUCUGCCUUCCUUAGUUGUCAAUAUUAUGCAUGGGAAGACAACUUACAUUUGUAAAUUCAUCAUCAGAUUGAGAACGAAUAUAAUUUAGCACCGUUUGUUUC